CAGCGGGAGCCGCGGCGGCCGCAGCCGCGUUGCGGCGGGGAGGUGGGAGCCGCGCUUGGCAGCCGGGGAAGGCAACGUUAUAAAAAGCCUUUGUCUUGGGAAUCAGCAUCGCAUCUCUCCUGCCGCCCGACGUGCUGCCGGCGGGGGCGAAAGCCACAUUUUCGGCUCGUUUGUUCUUUUCGCCGCCCCAGGCAUGUCUUGACACAGCCGCGAGAGAGCCCGGCGUUUCCAUGCACUUCCGACGGAUGUCUUCGGCUGGGGCGGUGGGGGUUUGAGACUUUGUAGCGUAUCUCGGUGCGAGCGCCUGUGAGAUUCCCAUGAUCGCAGUGUGAAGGAGGAAGAACUGGGAGAAAGAAGCUGUUGUGGUGAUUUCUCUUCUUGCUGGGUCAGCCUUCCUGGAUGGUUGCAUUACUGUCUUGUGGACACAUUGUCAAGAGCGCACAGAGAAAGAGGCUUGGUUAUUUUCCCCCUUGUUUGGUUUCCGUCGUGAUCUCUGUGCAGAAAUCACCACUUUUCUCCCAGUUCGCCGGUCCGCACUGAGCAGCAGGAAUAUGCUCAUGAAGGAGUACCGGAUCUGUAUGCCUCUGACAGUUGAAGAGUACAGAAUUGGACAGCUGUACAUGAUCAGCAAGCACAGCCAUGAGCAGAGUGACCGAGGGGAGGGUGUGGAAGUGGUGCAGAAUGAGCCCUAUGAAGAUCCCAACCAUGGCAAUGGUCAGCUAACAGAAAAACGUGUCUAUCUCAACAGCAAACUGCCUAGCUGGGCUAGAGCAGUUGUUCCCAAAAUAUUUUACGUUACAGAGAAGGCCUGGAAUUAUUAUCCUUACACAAUCACAGAAUACACAUGUUCGUUUUUGCCUAAGUUCUCCAUUCAUAUAGAGACAAAAUAUGAGGACAACAAAGGAAGCAAUGACAGUAUUUUUGACAAAGAAGCUAAAGAUUUGGAGCGAGAAGUCUGCUUUAUUGAUAUUGCCAGCGAUGAGAUUCCCGAGCGCUAUUACAAGGAAUCAGAGGAUCCCAAAUACUUCAAGUCACAGAAAACUGGGAGAGGCCAAUUGAAAGAAGGCUGGAGAGAGACCCAUCAGCCAAUUAUGUGUUCCUACAAACUUGUGACUGUGAAAUUUGAAGUCUGGGGACUUCAAACCAGAGUAGAGCAAUUUGUACACAAGGUGGUCAGAGACAUCCUCCUGAUCGGUCACCGGCAGGCGUUUGCCUGGGUGGAUGAGUGGUAUGACAUGACAAUGGAUGAAGUCCGAGAGUUUGAACGAGCCACUCAGGAAGCUACCAACAAGAAGAUUGGGAUUUUCCCACCGGCAAUAUCUAUCUCUAACAUUUCCAUGCCUUCCUCAACCCGCAGUGCUCCAUCUAGUGCUCCAUCAACUCCUCUCUCCACAGAUGCUCCUGAUUUCCUAGCAGUUCCCAAAGAUCGGCCUCGGAAAAAGUCUGCUCCAGAAACUCUUACUCUUCCAGAUCCAUCGAAAAAACACUUUUAAAUUAACCCUGCAUGUUUCCUCCUGAUAAGCCAUGUCUGCCACAGCAAGAGUGACAUAACUCAAUUGCUACAAAGGUCAUGGUGGUUUGUUGGUUGGGGUUUUUUUUGUUUGUUUUAAAUAAUCUUUCCAGUGUGGAAAGAUGACUCCUUUCUUCAGACCUGAUCCUUAAAACCUUCUGAAAAGUGCAUGCAAGAGAAAGUAGUUUAUAUAUUCCUAAAGUAGUGUUUCAAGCCAUAUGGUGCAUCUUACUGACAUCAAUGGAACAGUCUGAGGGGAUGCUAUAAACGAAAACCAAUCUUUCUGUAGCAGUAUUCUGCCUGCAAACCCUCAUCUAGGGCACAGCAUUUAUAAUUAGGAGUAGGUAUUAAGUAAAUCUGCCAAGGACUUCUGAGGCAAAUUAGUGCCAACUAGAAUGCAGGGUUAACAGAAAAAAAACCCCUCCCAUUUUCUUAUUUUAUAACCAAUUUUAAAAUCUUUCCCACUCUCAGGCUUCUCCUGUGUGUUCUUAAACCUUCGAUCUGUAUCUCAUUGCACUUGAACACCAACAGAUCCACAUUUUGCUUAAUAUGACUCAGGAUUUGGGGCCUAAAACACAAAACACAAAUAUUUUCAAACCUAAAAUAUCACUGUAUCAAAGCCCCAGUUGUAACUAAUUAUACCUACUUUGAGGCCAUUGAACUAUUUCUACCUUGCACAGAAUUUGUAAAAGGAACCACCCAUUUCUUGUAGAUAAUGUAUUUUACUAGCUCUCCCCUGUCCUUUUGUGAGCUCAGAGUGUUGGUGUUCAUUAGUGAUGUUCUGUGACAUUGAAAAAAAACAGCUGAAUUGUGCCAGUUGAGAAACAAAAGCAAUGAAUUCUGGUUUUUUUCUCGCUGGAAGAAAAGUGGCAGUCAGGCUGGGAGACCUUGAAUGUAGAGGAAAGAAAACAGGAGACUCCUUUUUCUUUCCUGCUUCACAUCUUUGCUAAACAGAACAAUCAGACAGAGAGCUGGGUCCAGGCUGCCUCGUUUGGGGAAGGGACACAAAAUCAGUCACUUCAAAAAGCAAACGAAUCGUGGGUGAUGUUGAGGAACCAGAAGUGCUCUUCCUGGUCUGUGUGUGAAAUCACUCUUCAAUCUCAGGAAUUCAAUUGUAGACAAGGAUGUUUCCCAGAGGGAAGUGUAGAUGAUGGAAGGAUAAAAUGAAUGGCAGGAGUGGUCUCUUCCUUCCUCCUCAAAGCAUGAGCUGGGUGAGAAUCUUUCCCCACUGCCCCCCCGGGGCACUUUGCUCUCUUGCACACGAGCUGCUGGUCCACGGCUGCUGCAGCUCCUGUCCCUUGGGAACAUCACUUCAGUCCCCAGGGAAUGACAGCUCCUACCCGAACCACGAUCCCAGAGAGUGAUACUGUGUGCCAUCACUGAUGGUUCAUGGAUUGAGAGAAAAAGAGACUUUUCCAAAGCUGAGCUGUCACUGAAUAUUGAACACUCAGUUUGGGGGUGCCCAGACCUGGGGCACAGUGGCUGAAAUGCAGCUGCAGCACAAGUUUUGUGGAAUGUGUGGUAUUUAGGGGGAAGUUUUAGGAGCAGAAGUCAUUCCACUGCCAACCUGCACUGAAACAAGUGUUUGUUUGUCUGAUAGAGAAAAUCCUACAGCCAGCAAAAUGCAGGAGCUCUCUGUAGGUUUGCUGUGGUCUGACUUCUGCAUCCUCCCAUGUCCUGUCCAUGCUUGGCUUUGCUUUUCUUCCCAGAGCUGGUAAUUCCAAGUCAUUGGUGACCUGAUGGGUGAUGCUGUUUUGUUUUAAAAGAAGCUGUGAUACUGAAAACAAAGCUUUCCUACGUUGGUUUAUAAUUUCAGCUUAACGAGGGUGCACAUUGUGGAAUUACAGGAUCACGUGUGAUCUUUUAUUAUUGUGUUAUUAUUGGUUUAGUAUCAAGAUUGGAACAUUGGCACCAAAGGGAAAUCUUUGAAAACAUAACACAUUGUUUGGCUGUUUUCUCAUUGCCUGACUUUGGCCCAUACAGAAAUAGUUCAGGUCUGCUCCACCUGGAUUUUCAGUUUGUCCAAGACAAAUUUGCUCAGUUCUAUUCAAUGUCCUGGUGCUCACACGUGACUGUUCCUAUUCACAUUUUGAAAUCUGGGUUUGACACAGAUUAUUCCAUCACAGCAGUCCCACAUUUACUCGUGUUUAACUGAUUGAUUUCCAAUACAUUGAUCAUGAUAUUAAGUAGGUUUGGGGGUAAGUCAUUUGUGAAAAUCAUUAGCCCACCUGAAAAGAACAGAUUAGAAUAUGUGCCUGGCAGAGGUGUAGGAGAGAGACAGGGAUCCUGGGGUGUAGAGGACACUCCCUGCUGUGCCCAGCUUUAGUCAGGGUCAGGAACAGCCACUCUGCCUCCUGCUGCUGCCCAGCCAAGGCCAAUUAAAGAUCUGUGAUGUGCCCCUGCUUUGGAUAAGAAUACCCCAGGUUUUCACAAAUUGUGGAAGUACCCAGCACUGAGUUCUGCCUUGCUUUCCCCAGCAGCCAUCACCCAUCUGGUCAAUAGGAUCUUUAAAUGCCUUUUUCUGUUUGGUUGGCUGCUAUUUAGGGUAAGAGUGCUUUUUCUAGAAUAUUCCCAGCAGGCACACAUGAAAUGAAAUGAGAAGGAAGGUCUGAGUAUUUUAAACACCUUGAGGAGAAGGGUUUUCAGUACUGAUUUCUCCCUUUCUGUUGUGCUUUCAGACACAUUUAUUAGGAUUAAAUGAAAGAGUUUUGCAGGUGUUCCUCACUUCGUUUGCAAAAACAAACUUUGAUUAUGUACUGAGUACAGGCUCAGAGCAUGGUGAACACAGCCCUGCUCCUCUUCUCUGCCACAGUGACAAGAAUUCUGUGAUGCAGCUCUGCUAGGAUUGGCAAGGAAUUGUUUAUCAAGGAGAAUACAGUUCAGAGCAAAAACUGUGAUGAGUUUGUUCAGGUUUCUGUGAAAACCUCCAGGCUUUGCUUGUACUUCUGUGUAUUUUGGAUAGAACAACCAUUACAAAACAACUGGCAACUCAGUGCAGCUUCAGAAGGGUUGAUCUCCUAAAAAAUCAAAAAGGGAGGGACCCACAAAAGUUGUGAGGAAGCAGCACAUUCCUGAAAUGUACUCAAUGGGAUUUCUUAUGAAUGUAAUGGUUAAUUUUGUAAAGGAUUGGAUAAAUCCUAUGGAAAGAAACUAUUUGACCUUGUUCUUUGGCUUUUUUGAUUAUUCUGGAAGGUGAUUUUGUGACAUCUAGUAGCCAAUUUGCAUUAAUUGCUGCUGUAGAGACUUUGAAACUGAAAUAUUUGUUCCUUGAAUUUCAGUUUGUAACAAGACCGCUAUACUUUGCUAAAAUUGCUUUGAAGCUUGCUGCACUAUAACUUCAAAACAAUGUGUUAUCCUUUGAAAUAAGCCAAAUGUAUAUGCUUUUUAUGAAAUAGUGAGUGCAGUAAGAGAGAAUUCAAGAUCUUGUCAAUAGGAGAUUUUCUGUUGCCAUUGUUUGGACUUGGUUUUCUAUGUGUAAGUUAAAAUUGCUAAAUAAGUCUAAAAAUAUUUUGCUUUAAAUGAACAGCAUGGUCAUUGAAUUAUGAUCUCCUGUAGUUUUGUGGUGUCACUAAAACAGGUUUUCUUGGUUUAUUUCAUUUCUGUGAUAAUUCCAUGUGAUUCUGUUAUGUCCAGUAAUUAAUUUCUUUUACUAAGAGCACUGAUGGCAACAUCAGGCAAUGCAUCAUCACCAUCAAAGAAGGACCAAGUCUUGGAUUGCUCUGCACCUUCAAUAGUGCAAGGCUCAGCAGGAUAAUGUGACUGUCAUUUUUCUCAUAUCACUUAGUUUCUGGUUUUAUCCAAGUUAUUUAUUAUUUUUAAUAUUGUCUUUUUGUUGCAUUUUGUUGUAAAUAAACUACCAGCAACUAUUCUUUACAA